AUGGCCUUCUUCGCGAACGCGGAAGAAGCCUCAUGUUCGCGAAGGCCUACGCUGAUUGAGCAUCGCGAAUGCGACAGCUCUUUCGCGAACGCAAAGAGCAAAGUCCACUGGCCCUCCCCGACCCCAUUUCCCCUACGCGAACGCGAGUGGGGUUCGCGAACACGAAGGCCUAGGAUCUCAUGGCUUUGCGAACGCGUGAGCCUGAACACGAACGGGAAGGGCAAUUUGCCCACUACCCCAAAUCUUUCUUCGCGAACGCAAUGGCCCUCCCGUGUUCCCGAAGAAGGAAACCAGAACUGGAAAAUUUGGUUUCUCAAAUUUAGCUCCAGGCAGUCCGAAACACACCCAAGCCCCCCAGGACCCCGUCCAACUACACCAACAAUCAGAUCGUUACAAGACCCCACUCUAGAGGAUUCUGAAGAUGUGAAAGCAAAGAGAAAUAAACGUGAAGAUGAUGAACUGCUCUACCGGGGACAUAUUCUGAAUACAUUAACAGAUCGUCUCUAUGAUCGGUAUCAAAAUUUGACGUCUCCACGAGAAAUCUGGAUGGCGUUGCAGACUACUUAUGAAAACGAAAAACGAGGUAUUGAUAAAUCUUUGUCUUUGCAAUACUUUGAAUUUAAAAUGGUGGAUACAAAGCCCAUUAUGGAUCAGAUUCAUGAAUUGAAAAUCUUAGUUUCAAAACUAACUGAUCUUGAUGUUAAAAUUCCUGAUGCACUUCAAAUAAGUGCUAUACUUUCUAAACUGCCUUGUUCUUGGAAUGACUAUAGAAAGAAAAUCAUGCAUUCUUCUGAGAAAUUGACUGUGGAAUAG